GCCAUAUCUUGUCGUGUACGUUCAUGUUUAAGGCUGCUUCUCGCAGCAGCUCAUCGCUGGAUUUUACGGUACUCAAUUUUUCAUCACCGUCACUUAGAGAAUGAGGUGUUCCUCGGUUUAUUAACUUUCGGACUUUGUCACUGAAUCAGCCGAUCAAAAUGUCAAUGCUCGAAAAGCUGCAGGUUCAAGGGAUCCGAAGCUUCGGACCAAAAGAAGAACACAAGCAAGUAAUGGCAUUUGCUUCACCGGUCACAUUUAUUCUGGGAUGCAACGGGACGGGAAAGACCACCAUUAUAGAGUGUCUCAGGAACGCAACGACCGGAGACCUACCCCCGGGUCAGGGUAAAGUGUUCAUAAACGAUCCAAAACUGAGCGGUGAGCGCGAGGUAAACGCUCAGAUCAAACUGAUGUUCCGAGAUGUCCGAGGCAAACAAAACAUCGUGACGCGCAGUUUCAACAUGAAACAGAAUAAAACGAACACAACCACCUUCAAGACCGUCGACACUGCUCUCGUCCAACAUGCUGCAGACGGCAGCAAAUUGCACGUGACGCCAAAAUGCAUGGACGUAUCUGCUACCAUCACGGAACUGCUCGGUGUGCCACGACCCAUCUUGGACAACGUCAUUUUCUGCCACCAGGCGGAUUCGUGCUGGCCCCUGUCUGAAGGCCUUCAGCUGAAGACCAAGUUCGAUAACAUCUUUGCUGCGACUCAGUACCUGAAGCUGCUCGACUCCAUCCGGCAGCUCAAGAAGGAGUACGACGCCGAAGUUCACGUCUUGAGCAAGACCAUGGUUCAUUUAGCGAAGCGCAAGGAGCGGGCUCAAGAAUACGAGAACGAGAUAAAGACGUGCACGCGACAACUCGAGGAAGGCACGACGAACCGUCAGCAGGCUGAAGAGAAGCUGGCGGACGUCGUGAGAAUGUGGGAGGAAAUUGAAAAGAAGGAAACGAGGACGAGAGAAAUACAGGCGAGCCUCAAAGCGGAGCAAGAUAAACUCGACGGGACGAGGUCGAUGUGCGAACGCAUCAAGAAGAACCUGAAAGAAAUUUACGACGGUCCGGCAGCGGAGCUGAAACGACAGAUCGAGGACUUCGAAGCUCACAUGGAAGCGCAAAAGAGGUCGCUGGAAAAUUUGCAGCGAGAGUCGCGCGAGUUGGCAUUAAAGGUGAACAACCUCGUGGACGAAAAGAGCGAACUGCUGCCCCUUCUCGGACAAUUGGAGAGCGAGAAGCGAGCUACAGAGACCGCGACGAGGGCCCUCGAAGACAGGAUGGAUAAGCUGAAUGACAGACUAGGGUUGAGGCUGCUGCUGCCGAAGCAGUCCCCGGUUGCUGAGAAAGCUUCUUCGGUCCUGUACGAACUGAACGAGACGGUCAAAGAGGCUCAGCGAAAUCUGGAGGAUUCAAAAAAGGAUCGUGACAUUCAGGUGAAAGAACAGCAAGAUCGCGUGGACAACUUACGCGAGCAGAAGUCGAAGAGCGAGCAGAGAUUGGAGUCGACCCGCAGGCAGGUGUCGGAAAAUCAGAAAGAAAUCAUGCAGAUCCGACGAGAGUUGCUUCAGGCGGAGACGUACUGCUCGCAGAUCCGCGGUUACGAAAACGAGAUCAGAGACCUCCAGGGUAAGGUUGGCGAGCUCGAGGCGGAAAUUCCGACGGAUUCCAUCCGCGAGAAGAUUGACGCGAGCCAGAAACUUAAAGACGAGCUAAGGCAGAAGCUCGAGCUCCUGAGCAAGGAGUUGGUUGACAUGCAGAAGUUCAGCGCGGAACAGGCGGAGAUCGAGCACGUUCGUAAGGAACUCGACGAGAAGCGUCAGUCGCUUGAGUCAACCAAGGACGAGGUACGGAGCAAGUUUGAAGAACUCCUCGGAAGCCUUCCGUCUGCGGAUUAUGCCGCGAAGGUCAAGACUAAAGUGCGGAGCAUAGAAGAUCGAGUGAGCACGCUUCGAAGUGAGUGCAACAAGCUGCAAGCGUCGGAGAGUUCUUUGGAAACUCGACGGCGGAUGCUUCAGGAAGAUCUGAAAAAGAAAGAAAUUGAGCUCGAUAAGAUUAGAAAGAAAAUAGUCAACGUGUGCGGUUCGGAAGACCUCGACGACAGCAUCGCGGAGCUGAACCUCACGAUCGCGCAACUUCGUGACGAGAAAGGCUGCCUCACCGGAAGCGAGUUCAUCUUCAAGAGGUACGUUACCAGGAUGAAGAAAGAUAGCAAACCGUGCUGUCCACUGUGCAAGCGGGGCUUCAACGACGCCAAAGAAGCCAGGAAGCUCACCGACUACAUAGAAGAGAAAAUACAGAUCAUUCCGAACGAGCUCGAGCGGAUGACGAGGGAGCUUUCGGAAAAAGAGGCGAGCUACAACGAGAUGAUUAGACUGAAAGGCGACGAAGAGAAGAUGUCGAAGUUGAGACUCGAAGUGCCGGACCUGCAGCAGCAGAUCGAAACGAUCACCGUCGAACUCGAAACGUCCAAGAAGCUCCGGAGCGAGAAGGAAGAGGCGCUGGACGUUGAAGAGGUGUUCAACCUGGAGACGGCGCGGUCUCUCGUCCGAGAGGCGGAGACAAUCGACCGUCUGGAAUCCGAAGCCGCGUCCUGCCAGAGGAAGCUGGCUUCAAAGUCGCCUAGCGUUCGGAAGUUGAAGCCCGGGAGGACGGCGGAGGUCGUAGCCAAAGAAAUAAAGGACUUCAACAAACGGGUGAAAGAGCUGGACGACGCCGUGACGACGUAUCGUGCCAGGUUGGAAGAGCAUCAGCAGCUGAAAAUGGCGCUCAACGAAGUGCAGAGCACGAAGCUGAGGCUGGAGUCGAAGAUGAAGGAGGAGUCCCACCUGCGAGAUCGGAAAGCGAAGUUGGAGGAGGAAAACGAGAAAUCCAAGGUCGCGGAGUCUGGGCUGGUCAGGGAGGGAAACGGUCUUGAACGGGAGCUGCGGGAAUCGAUGCAGGCAAAAGAAGCCAUAGUCAAAGACGCAGAAUCUCGCAUAGAAGAACUUCGAAACCGGAUCAACGUCCGUAGGGCGGAGAAAGAAGAGAUAGAAAAGAGCUUCUCCACCAUCGCGGCAUUCUCCAAGAGCGGAAAGCUGGAGAAACUGAACGACGUGAGGCUCCGGCUGUCCACUUUCCAGGACAAGAUAGACGCCCUCGAGAAGCAGAAGGCAGAGAAAGACGCUUCGAUCACCCAGUUCCAAAAGAACCUCUCGAAUGAGGAACUCCGCGAACGAGAGCUCAAGGACAACCUACAGCUCCACGAACUGAGGGUCGAGACGGUCCGAAGAGAGGCUCGCAUCAAAGAAAUCCAGGAGCAGCUAGACAGCCUGGAGGUCCGGAACCUCCAGCUGGAGAAGAGGAGGGUCGCGGAUAAGAUGCAGACGUUGAGGGAGGAGAGGGAGUACUACGACGUCCGUUGCAAAGAACAGCGGAUCAAGAUUGAAGCGGCCAGGCGGGAACUGACGGGGCAUUUCAAGGACGCCAAGAAGGAGUACGUCCAGGAUUUAUGCAAGAUGAAAUUGAAAGAGAGGUUGAGCAAAGAGCAGGACAUGUACUACCGUGCUGUCAACUACGCGGUGCUGCAGUAUCACGAGCAGAAGAUGAAAGACAUCAACAAGGUCAUCCGCCAGCUCUGGCAGGAAACCUACAGCGGAGACGACAUCGAGUACAUCAAGAUCAAGACGGAAGCAGACGACAAAGGACUCGCAAAUUCCAAGCGCUCUUGCAACUAUCGUGUGGUCAUGGUUCGCGGAAAUGUGGAGCAGGACAUGAGAGGGCGAUGCUCCGCGGGACAGAAAGUGAUGGCGUCCAUCAUCAUCCGUCUCGCCCUCGCGGAGACGUUCUGCCACAACUGUGGGAUCCUUGCGCUCGACGAGCCGACCACAAAUCUUGACCGCGCCAACAUCAGAGGCCUCGCGGUGGCGCUAGCGAACAUUAUCAAGGAGAGGAUGGUGCAAAAGAACUUCCAAAUGAUCAUUAUCACCCACGACGAAGAGUUCCUCCGCGCGUUGAGUCAAAGGCUGCCAACAUCGGAGUAUUUUUACAAGGUUGAAAAGUCAAGCUUGGGUUAUACGACUAUCAGGAAACACCUCCUCAGCACAAUAAUGUGAUUCUGUCUUGUACAUGAUACUCAGAAAUGGGAAAGUGAAAGUGAAAGGGAAAGUGAAGGUACGCAGGACCAAACAAACGUUGCAUAUGUCUUUCCAAACACUUGUUGAAUGCAACUGCUUUCUUUGUUUUGUUAGGUUGUUCCACGUCGUGUUCCGUAAAAUGAGGUCGUGAGAAAUGUCACAGUGGGGUUGCGUACUCUGUGAUGGACAGUUGUGUUUAAAUUUCUCAAUAUUCCCAUAUUUAUUGGCAUGUUGAGACCAGUGAAUAGCUUUUUGGAUGUUGAGUGGCUCCAAAUUUUAUGUGUAUGUCAGCUGAAUAAAGUGAAAAAAGAAAAAGGUAACAAAA